GUCAACAAAAUAAAAUAAAUCCUUAAAAAAAUAAACAAAAAUAAUAAAUAAAGUGGAUAUCCAUAUCCCACAAAAAUUCACAACAACACGAAAACGACGACGACCCGUUUCCUCCAACAAACUCAAAUCCAAUUAGGGAUUUCACAAAUCAAUUAUAUUCAUUUACCCUAAUUUCAAUUUUCAAUUCCUUUAAUUCAAUCAAAUCAUGCGAACUCACCACGCCGUAGAGGUUGCAAAAACGGUGCUCGAAGUCGCCGACGUCGCUUGGACCGCCGUCGAAUGCGGCCACCAUCUCCGUCACCAUGAUCACACCGUCACACCCAAUGAUAACGAUAAUUACCCUUCCGACCAUGACUUAGAGUCUCUCCAAUCGGAAAAUCGACGCCUCAGGAAUUUGCUUGAUCAGAAUCUUAAGCUUCUAUAUAAUCUCUCCGAAUCAAAUUCAUUCAUCAACAAUUGUCCUCCCGAUUUGCAUGUGCGAUUAGCUGCUACUGUGAGGUCUGAUGAGUACUUGACUCGGCUCAAGUGUAUACAGCAGGAAACUGCUAAUGGAGGAAAUCAAUUUCCGUUUAAGGAGGCUACUGAGGUUGAUUAUCAAUCCGCUGAUAUUUUAAUCAACGUGGACUCUCAAGAACCCAGUUGGUGGGUUUGGGUUGCUGAUGAGACGGAUCCUAUUAAUUAUGAGGAAUCCAGUGGAAUUGAUGAUGAGAGUUAUUUGAUCAUCAGCGAAGAACAUGUGGUUGAUGGAGUUGCCAACUUUAUGGCACGAUGCAUUAUGUCAAACCCAAAAGCCCUGAAGUUGUCACCAGAGGAACUACAACAAAAUCUAUCAAAAGCUUUUGCUGGUACAAGCAAACUGGAAAGGGUUUUAGAUAUUUGGAAUGCUGGAAAGUUGUUUUAUGCGUUAUCUACCUGGGGACUUGCUUUGGCAGGGCUGUACCAAAGCCGGUCAUUGAUAAAAGUUGCGGCCAAGGGUGUUCAUUCGGGCGGUAAACUCGCUCUCAAGAUGAGGGCUCUAAGGAUGGCUGCUCCAUGAACAUGGCAAAUGUAUAAUGCAUGGAGCUUGUAGUGCCCUUGUUUGAAGAAAACCAAUUUGUUAAUUCAUUCCUACAAGUUCUUGCUUUUGUAUAUAAUUUGUAAAUAACACUGUUCUUUGCUAUUUGUUGCUACAAACCCUGCAUUGGAUUCCAUGUUGCUACCUCGUUUGAAAAUUGUAUUGAAUAUUUAAGGAAAUUAAUGAAUGAUUUAAUGCUCGUUUUAAGA